AUGGCUGCUGCUGUGCGCGGCACCGAGCAUACCAAAACCGACCAAGAGCUCGCUAUUAACAUCAAGAAGGCUACGAACGUCGAGGAGAUCUCCCCGAAGCGAAAGCAUGUCCGAGCAUGUAUCGUCUAUACAUGGGACCACCGGUCCUCUGCCGCCUUCUGGUCCGGCAUCAAGGUCCAACCUAUCCUAGCCGACGAAGUUCAGACGUUCAAGGCCCUGAUCACGAUCCACAAGGUACUUCAAGAAGGCCACCCCAGUGCUCUCAAGGAGGCAAUGGCAAACCGCGCAUGGAUCGAUAGCCUGAACCGCGGAAUGGGCGGAGGAGGAGAAGGCAUGCGCGGUUAUGCGCCUCUGAUCCGAGAAUACGUCUAUUACCUACUUGCAAAGCUCUCCUUCCACCAUCAGCACCCCGAGUUCAACGGAACAUUCGAGUAUGAGGAGUACCUGAGCUUGAAGGCCAUCAACGACCCCAACGAAGGCUACGAGACCAUCAGCGAUCUGAUGGUGCUGCAAGAUAAGAUCGAGCAGUUCCAAAAGCUGAUCUUCUCGCACUUCCGAAAUGUUGGAAACAACGAGUGCCGAAUUGCCGCCCUCGUGCCCCUUGUUCAGGAGAGCUACGGAAUUUACAAGUUCAUCACCAGCAUGCUGCGCGCAAUGCAUUCAACAACCGGAGAUGACGAGGCCCUUGAACCCCUCCGUGAACGAUACAACGCGCAGCAUUAUCGCUUAGUUAAGUUCUACUACGAAUGCUCAAACCUGCGGUACCUUACCAGUCUCAUCACCAUUCCCAAGCUUCCUCAAGAUCCUCCCAACCUCUUGGCGGAAGAUGACGAUGCACCUGCACUGCCCGCGCGACCAAAGCAGGAGAUUGAGCGAAGGCCGUCUCCUCCGCCUGAGCCCAAGAACGACGCCCCUGAUGAGAUGAAUGAAUUCUGGAAGAGCGAAUUGGAUCGUCAGAACCGAGAGUACGAAGAGCAGCAGCGCAUCCUUGAGCAGCAACAACAACAAGCUCUUAUGGCCCAGCAGCAGGCCCAGCUUCAGGCUCAGCGUGAGUUUGAGCAGCAGCAACAGCAAUUGAUGGAACAGCAACAGCGAGAGCAGGAGGCGCUCAUGGCGCAACAAGCGCAAUGGCAAACUCAGGGACGCCUGGCCGAGCUGGAGCGUGAAAACCUGAAUGCGCGCGCUCAGUAUGAGCGAGAUCAACUGAUGCUCCAACAAUACGACCAGCGAGUCAAGGCUCUCGAGGGUGAGCUGUCGCACAUUCAGAACAGUCUCGGCCAGCAAAUGAACAGCAAGGAUGACCAGAUUCGGGCACUUCAGGAGCAGGUCAACACAUGGAGGACGAAAUAUGAGGCACUGGCCAAGCUCUACUCUCAGUUGAGACAUGAGCAUCUCGAUCUGCUUCAGAAGUUCAAGGCCGUUCAACUCAAGGCGGCGAGCGCCCAGGAGGCUAUCGAUCGCCGCGAGAAGCUCGAGCGUGAGAUCAAGACCAAGAACCUCGAGUUGGCCGACAUGAUCCGUGAGCGUGACCGCGCCCUUCACGACAAGGACCGCGCAACUGGCAGCAGCAAGGACGAGGUUGAGAAGCUCAAGCGCGAACUUCGCCUGGCCCAAGACAAGGCCGACAACCUCGAGCGUAGCAAGGGCAACGAGCUUUCGACAAUGCUUGCUAAGUACAACCGUGAGAUGGCGGAUCUCGAGGAGGCACUGCGUAACAAGACACGACAACUGGAGGAUGCUCAGAUGAACCUCCGUGACGGCAGCUCUGACCUCGAGCAGCUUCUCCGCGAUAAGGAGGAGGAACUUGAGGUGUACAAGGCUGGCAUGGAUCAGACUCUGAUUGAGCUCAACGAGCUCAAGAUGAACCAGGGUGACACCGACCAUGCUUUGGAUGGCCAGAUCGAUGCCCUCAUCAUGUCCAACCUUGACAAGAUCAACGACAUUAUCGAUUCUGUUCUCCAGGCUGGUGUUGCGCGUGUGGAUGAUGCGCUCUACGAGUUGGAUUCCAGCAUGCAGGCUGGUAACCAGAAUGCGUCUCCAUCUUAUGUACUGUCACAGAUCGAGAAGGCCUCAGCUAGUGCUAUGGAAUUUGCUACAUCAUUCAACAACUUCAUCGCAGAUGGACCAAACGCGACACAUGCCGACCUUAUCAAGGCCAUCAACGUCUUCUCUGGUGCCAUUGCCGAUGUCUGUAGCAACACCAAGGGUCUUACCCGUCUAGCUACGGAUGAUAAGAAGACCGAUUCUCUCAUGAACGGAACUCGCCAGCCCGCUAUCUCAGCUGUACAGUUCCUCCGAGGUCUUCAGAGCUUCCGACUUGAGGGCAUGGAUCCCUUGCAAAAGACAGACGUGGUCAUCAACAGCAACAACGAUGUCCAGAUGAACUUGCAGAAGCUCAACAAGCUUGUUGAAUCGUUUGCUCCUGGCUUUGGCAAGCUCGCCAACAAGAAGGGAGACUUGGGAGAUCUCGUCGACCAGGAGCUCAGCAAAGCUGCAGAUGCAAUUGCGGCAGCAGCAGCACGACUGGCCAAGCUCAAGAACAAGCCCCGUGAUGGCUACUCAACCUAUGAGCUCAAGGUGAACGACUCGAUCCUGGAUGCGGCGACGGCGAUCACAAACGCCAUUACGCAACUGAUUCAGGCGGCGACAGUGACACAGCAGGAGAUCGUGCAGGCAGGUCGUGGGUCGACGUCACGAACGGCGUUUUACAAGAAGAACAACCGAUGGACGGAGGGACUGAUCUCUGCCGCCAAGGCUGUGGCGUCGUCGACUAACACACUGAUCGAGACAGCAGAUGGAGUCAUCUCUGGGCGCAACAGUCCAGAACAGCUCAUCGUGGCCUCGAACGAUGUUGCGGCGUCGACUGCCCAGCUUGUGGCUGCCAGCAGAGUUAAGGCAGGGUUCAUGUCCAAGAGCCAAGAAAAGCUCGAGCAGGCCAGCAAGGCGGUGGGCGCGGCAUGUCGAGCGCUGGUGCGCCAGGUGCAGAGCUUGAUCAAGGAGCGUAGCCAAGAGGAGGACCAGGUGGACUACUCGAAGCUUGGAGCGCACGAGUUCAAGGUGCGAGAGAUGGAACAGCAAGUAAGUCUAGCAGCCUCCCCCGUCAUGUGUUUGGCAACCCUUUCCUUUUCCCCUGGCCGUCUCCCUCUCAUGUCCCUGUCCCCCUGUCAUGGUGGCAUCACACAUCGCAUCACGACUACCAUGACACAUCGAUACCCCUCACAGGUCCAGUUCAUUCCCGGGCCAGUGCUUUCGUAA